GCGCCGGCGCGCGGGGGGGCGGAGCAAGAUGGCGGCGCCGGCACUGCCCGCGCCCCUGUCGGGCAGGUUCAAGGGAUCCUUUGCAUAUCUUACAAUUAAAGACAGACUGCCACAAAUCCUCACAAGAGUUAUUGAUACUCUGCAUCGACAUAAAAAUGAAUUUUUUGAAGAACACGGUGAGAAGGGUGUUGAAGCAGAAAAGAGAGCUAUAUCUUUCCUCUCCAAACUGCGGAAUGAACUGCAAACAGACAAACCAGUGACCCCUUUGGAAGAUGAGUUGCCUGAUGCUGCGCUGUGGAACCAAUACCUGGACUACCAACGAAAUUUAUCAAAUGGGAACGGAGAACCAAGUUGGUUUCAGUCCCCUUGGUUGUUUGUAGAGUGUUAUAUGUAUCGAAGAAUUCAUGCAGCAUUAGCACAGAACCCACCUAUUGACAACUUCGACGUAUUUAAGGAAGGAAAGGCUCAAAAUUUCUUUGAAUCCCAAGAGGCUGUUAUUGCAUUAUGCACUUACUUUCAGGAACUUCUUAAGAACAUCAAGGAUCUAGAUGAAAAGCAACUUAAGGAGGAACUUUUUAAGCUAUUGCAGGUGUCACUGUGGGGCAACAAGUGUGACCUUUCUUUUUCAGCUGGUGAAGACAGCUCUCAGAAAUCUAGUCCCUUACAAUCCCUGGCAAACAUGGUACCUUACAUCUUAGUGAAUGAUAUGGAAAAACUUUGGUCACUACUUGUAAACGCCAAAAAAAAUAGAACAGAAGGAAGUAAUGUUAGAGUUGACAUAAUCCUGGAUAAUGCUGGAUUUGAACUUGUAAGUGAUCUUGUGUUGGCUGAUUUCUUGUUAUCGUCAAAGCUAGCUGAUGAAGUCUAUUUCCAUGGAAAAAGUAUUCCAUGGUAUGUGUCAGAUACCACAAAGCAUGAUUUUAACUGGACUAUUAAACAACUGCAGUCAGCUAAUCAUAUGUGGAUGUCUAGGUGUGGUAUAAACUGGGAGGGCAAUUUGAAAAAGGGAGUUUGGGUUUUCUGUGACCACAUGUUUUGGACUUUGCCACAUGACUUUUCCAGUAUGGGUGGAGUUGCUCCUGACUUGUAUGCUGAGCUACAGAAGUCAAACUUGAUUUUUUUCAAAGGUGAUCUAAACUAUAGAAAAUUAACAGGAGAUAGAAAAUGGGAAUAUAGUGUCCCAUUUCAUCAAGCCUUGAACAAGUUUCAUCCUGCGCCUCUCUGUAGUUUGAGAACACUAAAAUCUGACACUCAGGUUGGCCUAAAACCUGGACAAGGUGAACAAAUUCAGGCUUCUGAACCCGACUGGAUGGUAAGUGGGAAAUACGGGGUAAUUCAGUUUGACGCUGGUCUCUAGCUAAAUGAUUCUUAAUAUUCUGAAAGAGAUUUAGUCUAAUUACUUUCUCUGUUCCAUGCUUGGCUUCAGCACAGAUUCUUUCUUGUUUGGACUUUUUCCUCCCAACUGAUUUGUUCUUUUUGUUCUACAAAAAACUUCAGUGUUGUGCAGAAAUUUAAAAAUGGUCUUUGUAUAUGUAAA